AUGGAGGAGUAUAUCGAGGAAGCUUUACAUCAAGGCUAUAUCCGCCCUUCCACGUCCCCUGCUGCUUCCAGCUUCUUCUUCGUGGCCAAGAAGGACGGGGGUUUGAGGCCUUGCAUUGAUUACCGGGUUCUAAACAAGAGUACCAUCAAGUUCCGCUAUCCACUUCCUCUCGUCCCAGCAGCAUUGGAACAUCUCCGUGGAGCCACCGUCAUCACCAAGUUAGACCUCCGCAAUGCGUACAACCUCAUCCGGAUACGUGAGGGGGACGAGUGGAAGACUGCCUUCGUGACCCCUACUGGGCACUACGAGUAUCUUGUCAUGCCGUAUGGACUAGUAAAUGCCCCCUCCGUAUUCCAGGACUUCAUGCAUGAGGUGCUCCGGGAGUAUCUACACUGGUUCGUCCUCAUCUAUAUUGAUGACAUCCUAAUCUACUCCCGGAGCUUGGCCAAACAUCGCCACCACGUUGCGGAGGUCCUGAAAAAAUCCUCAAUGCAGUUCCUUGGAUAUGUCAUCAACGACGGGGGUAUCCAGAUGGACGAGAGAAAGGUUGAUGCCAUCCAAAACUGGCCAGUUCCCACCACCGUCAAAGAACUGCAAAGGUUCCUGGGUUUCGCAAACUUUUAUCGGAGAUUCAUCUACCAUUACAGUUCCAUAACCAGUCCGCUCACCAGUAUGCUGUGA